GGGGAGUGCCAGGCGGACGGGUGCCGCGCAGACCUGAGCGCCCUGCCUCGCUACAACGUGCGCAACCACAUCUGCCUGGAGCACAAGGCGGCAGAGGCCUUCCUCAAGCAGGGCGCCGAGGUGCGCUUCUGCCAGCGCUGCGGUGUGGCACACCCGCUGGGCGAGUAUGACGGACUGAAGAGGAGCUGCAGGCGCAUGCUGGCCCUGCACAACAGCCGGCGGCGCAAGAGC